AUGACCACGAGGCCUGACUCGUCAUCCAACCCUCGGCUGGCUAACUUCGGCCUUAUGCCAUGGCCGGCACGCCAGUGGCUCUACCUCCCCAUCCAUCAAUGUCGCUACUUCUGGGAGCACGACAUCCCGACGCCAGGGCCAGACGUUGAUCAGUUGCAGGACUCACACCUCAACCCUGACAAAGUGUCAAUGUCGGCGAUGCCGCGGUCUAACCAUGCGUGGAUGGUAGAGAUUCGAUGCUGCCAUGUUGAACUCCCGUCGAGCUCCGCCGCCACCCAGAGUGCACGAAGGAUCUUGGUUCACCAACGCAUACGAGGUCCAUCGUUGGCAGAGCUUGGGAGGUCUCCUGAGGAAGUAAAAUCAAAGAUCAUGAUCAUGGUGUGCUUCGUGGGGUUAAGGGAAGAGAAGGUGGUCAGGGUUGCACGGGCUACUUUGCCCAAGUAUUUCCUAGAGGAUUUGGGGAGAGAAGGACUUGAGGUGGUGAGUGGGGUGAAGAGGGUGGCAGGGGUUUGUAGAUUGAUCCCUAGGGUUAUGGCGGAAGCAUUUCUUAAGGAGUAUACAGAAUUUGAAGUGGUUGUGGGAAGGGAGGUAAAGAUGAUAAGAGGGCGUUAUGUUGGUUUUUUGAGAAAGGAGAGUGAAGGAAGGCUAGGGCAGGCAAAGUUCGACCAAAACGAGAUGAUAGGGUUUGGAAGCAGCUCAAGCUAUUUUGACUAUGAUCAUCACCAGCUUUUCUCUCGGUGCAAGCAAGUAUACUUGGUGACACCAGAAGAAAAGAGAAAAUGGUCACCCUUGUCAAGGGACCAGUACCCAAGGCCCCUGAUCUUCCAUGAUGGCAGGCUAGCCUUUAGGCCUACCCCUCAAGCCACCCUAGCCAUGUUCAUGUGGCUCCCACUUGCCCUCCCUCUCACCGUGCUCCGAACAAUAAUUUUUGUGAAACUACCAUAUUCUAUCUCCGUCGCAAUCGGGUCUGUAAUAGGAGUGACGACCCGGGUCAUCAACUCACCAGUCGACACUGGUAAAGUGGGCUCUGAACCACAUGCCCAGCCCAGCCCACAGGGCCAUCUUUACGUGUGCAACCACCGCACACUUCUCGACCCGGUCUACAUCUCGGCAAUGCUGAACAAGCAGGUGUCGACCGUCACAUACAGUGUCAGCCGUGUAAGUGAGCUCCUAUCGCCGAUCGGGACUGUCCGGCUGACCCGAAACCGAGAUGAGGACUGGAGGAGGAUGGAGCAGUCACUGAAGCAGGGGGACCUGGUGGUCUGCCCUGAGGGGACCACAUGCAGGGAGCCAUACCUGCUCCGCUUCAGCCCUCUGUUUGUCGAGCUCGUUGAUGAGGUCUACCCAGUGGCACUGGUGAACUGGUCCAGCAUGUUCCAUGGCACCUCCACCGGCAAUUUCAAGUAUCUAGACCAUUUCUACUACUUUAUGAACCCACGCCCAGCAUAUGACGUUCAGUUCAUGGACAAGAUGCCAACAAGGAUGGUGAUCCAAGGGAAGAGAUGCGAGAGCAAAGAGGUGGCCAAUUUGGUACAAGGUGAGAUUGGUAGGAUUCUUGGGUUUCGAUCCACCACACUCACCCGUAAGGACAAGUACCUAAGGCUGGCAGGAAAUGAAGGGUUUGCUGAUACAAAGCAGUGAAGUCUCUAUACUAUAAACAUAACAUGUUGCUGGCUCUUGCUCGCGACAUAACACAUAGUUGCAAUAUAUAAAAUUUAAGAUUUCCAUAGGUUGCUUUUUAGUUGUGCACAAGUGCAUAACCACAGUUAAUACCAUGUGUGCUAUCAGAGUGGUGUGACUACCUUUGUUGGACUAUUGAGAAAACUUGUGGAUGUACCAAAAUAAGAAGCAUAUGUUAAUGUUAGUAUGUUCGUUAUGCAUUUA